UUAGAUCUUUACAAAACAUUACUAGUUACUUACUUAGAAAACAAUACUUUAGGAUCUAUUAUUAUCAGUCCAGACUUUUAAUAUUAGUUAUGGCAAGCGCAAUGAUUAUGAACUAUUUCAAUGGCACUAAAGUCCUCAUGAAGCAAGUUUUUUCUAAACACAAUUGUCUUGAAGUGAUUCCUAAUUUGGAUGGAAAGGUUGCCAUAGUAACUGGAGGGAACAAGGGUAUUGGUCUUGAAACCGUUAGAGGGCUUUGCAAGGCACAGAUGACAGUUAUUAUUGCUUGCAGAGAUACAGCAGAAGCUGAGAGAGCAAUCAGAAAACUAAAGGAAGAGUUGCCGCAAGCUGAAGUGGAAUACAUGGAACUUGAUCUGGGAAGUCUCACCUCGAUAUGGAAAUUUGUAACAAAUUUCAAGAAAAAAGGACUUCCUCUUCACAUUCUUGUGAACAAUGCAGGAAUAAUGAUCCCACCUUACGGCACAACCGAAGAUGGAUUUGAGCUUCAACUUGGAGUGAACCAUCUUGGACAUUUUGCUCUGACAAAUCUGCUUUUGGAUGACUUGAUCAGGUCUGGUUCAUCAGUUAGAUCCUCAAGGAUUGUCACAUUGUCUUCUGAGGCACACAUCCCAGGGACUAUAAACUUUGAUGAUCUCCAGAGCAUAUGUUAUUACUCACCCUAUUCAGGUUACAGUCAAAGCAAGCUAGCGAACAUUCUAUUCACUUAUGAACUUCAGAAGCGCUUGGAGGAGAGAAAGAGCCCUGUGACAGCUAAUGCAGUGCAUCCAGGAGUAGUCAACACUGAUUUGUUCCAGCAUAUUCCCUGGAUAAUGAGAAUGCCUCAGAAUAUAUUAGCUUAUUUUCUUUUCAAGACUCCUCAGCAAGGGGCAGACAACAGUAUUUACGUUGCCUUAUCUCCCGAAUUAGAAGGCAAGGGAGGUAGAUAUUUCGUCAACUGUCAGUCAACACAAUCUUCAGAUGAGUCAUACAGGGAAGAUGUUCAGAAGAGACUUUGGAAAGUGAGCUGUGAGCUUGCUGGCAUACCUAAAUGAGACAAUUAUCAGGGUAGCAAAAGCUUUUUAGUUUCACUAUGCGAAUGGGCGAUUUGUUUUUGUUUUGUUUGUUUUUCCGAAAAAUAACACCAAAACAUUACUUUGUUCCAGAAUGAGAUCAAACUAGGGCAAUAUACGUAUAUUUAUGAAUUAAUUACAAAAAAAAAUAUUCUUAGAGCAAGACAGUAAUCAUUGAGCUAGAAAUGUGUGGAUGGUAAAAUACUUGCGACAGCAGAGAAAUAUUACAAACACCAUUGUUAGUGGAAAAGCAAACCCUAUGUUGAAGCCGUAACACCACUUCACUUAUUAAAUAUACAUGUAUGGAACACCAGCUAGACACACCUGGUGUCAAACACAGCUGGUGUCAGACACAGCUGGUGUAAGACACAGCUGGUGUCAGACACAGCUGGUGUCAGACACAGCUGAUGUCAGGCAUAGCUGGUGUCAGACCCAGCUGAGGUCAGACACAGCUAAUGUCAGACAGCUAGUGUCAGACACAGCUGGUGUCAGACAUUGCUGGUGGCAGACACAGCCGGUGUUAGGGUAUAUUAACACUGGCCAGUCAAGUUUAUCGAAAUCUGAUUGGGACGAGUAAUGAGCUGACGAAAAGGAGAUGAUUAUCAGUCUUUCGGCAAACCGGUUCAUUGAAAUCCAAGAGUCACUGACAGUCACAAAUAGAAAUUUAUCCCAUUUUAUUAAUUGCUAACAGACGAAACCAUAAUGGUGAUAAUUGAAGGAGUUGUGGUUGUGGAUGGAUGGAAGGAUGGAUGGAAGGACGGACCGACGGACGGACGAACAUACGGAUUAAUGAAGGGAGUGAUUAUCUGCUUGACUUCAUUUAACUAAUUGAUCUAUUGAAUCAUUGAUUUUCUGUGUUUAAACAAUGAUCUCAAUUGUUUCCCGCCAAAAGGAUCGUUAGUUCUCAAAAACUAGACUAAAGUGUGAAAUCUUUAAUUUCGGUAUUUAUUUGGGAUGGGCAAUUUCAUCAGAACGUUACGGUUGCCAUUCUCUCUUUGCGUUUAUGCACUCCGUGUUUCAAUUACUCAAAUCGACAACAAUACAACACAAAACAAACGACAAUGAAAGAUUACUGGCUUUAAUAAGGAAGUCUUUCAGCGAUUUACCCUAGGUCAUUGUAAAAUAUUUUGGCAACGUUUUCCGUAGUCUGUUACAAGGAACUGGUGCUUCCAGUUGAUCAUAUUAAGGUAAUCCAUAAUUAGCAAAUCACAGCCCGGAUUUUACAGAUUUUGGUCGAGAAUUUAUUCAAAACAAACAGUUUAACCACAAUUUUGGAGAUUUUAUAAGCAUUUUCUUCUUUGAUCACUGCGUCUCCAGGAGUGAUGGAAAAACGAUUAAGUUGGAAUUAAAGAAAAUUAAUUACAGAUUUUCAUUCCAACCUCUUUGACUCGAAUAUACACCAUCUGGUUUAAGCAUUUUGGAAAACCUUUCGGAUAUAUUUUUGCAUAUUGCAAAACCAUCUGAAUGUGAUUUGGAUAGAAGAAAUGUUAUGUUUACAAAAUUCAAGUUUUAAUACGAGAAAUAUAAAGAAACUGUACAGAGCGUAAACGUGUGAAUCAAAUAUUGAAACCCGAAAGAUAAGCUUCUCGGACAUACUGAAAAUCGCUUUUUCCGAACAGCCUCGAAAGUAUUGUGUCUAUUCCGGCUCACGAACUUGGGUAAACACAGAUCAAGUUUCUUCCAUCUUCUCAACAUUGAACUUCGAUUGUCGUGGCACGUGAUUAUAACUCAGUUGGCCAGUAGUUUCCUGUUUUUCUCCAAAGUGCAGCUGUCGAAAUUCGCGUUUUUCGUCAAUAUACUUUGACCGAAAACUAAACUGUCCUGAAGUGCGGAUUUUGGAAAGACCGUGGGUUUAGUCAAAUUCUGCCCUAAACGUUUACUGAGUUUCUACGGAUGACGUACAUCCAGUGGUAUCGUCGACAUUUUCUUGCUUAAACGCUGAUUCUCUUCGAGUCUUGUAUUGCACGCCGCUUGUCAGAAAGUAUAUUUGUGGAAACAACACUCUCAAGAAGCUUCAAAGGAGGCGUAUUUUGAAAUCAAGUAAUUCUGGAAAAAAAAAACAAAAGUAGAAAACAAUAUGGAAAUAUCAAGAAGGUCAAACUAUUCCUGCCGAGUAGAUGCAUACUGAACCAUUGAGAUCCUCCCCGUCCACCCUGUCGAGAUGGCCACCGCAGAAACGGAGAAGAAAACGAAAGAGAUCCAAACAGGGACUAACAACACGAGUCAGAUACGAGGAACCGCCGUGGGCAAGUCAUAUCAAAGAGAAAGGUGAUGUGUUUUACAUCGAACCGUUCAACGAACCUUCUCCAAGCGACAUGUUGGACGCACUGGAACGAUUGAACGUUUCAGAGACCGAGACACAAGGAGAUAGAGAGAAAGACAAGAGCAAAUCAACGCUUCGGAGUUUAAGCUCGGUGAAGAAAAUCAUUCCAGGAUUGAAACGAGACAGAUUAGACGACAAGGGCAACAAUGAGAGGAACCUUAAAAACUCAAAUGCUGUAACUCGUGGGCCUGUAGAUGGUCUCUUAGAUGGAAGCAAAGUGGUUGGUAGAUUUUUCAAGAGAGAAGUCCAACUAAUUGUUUCCCCUCGUAAAGUCCAUUCUGGACUUAAAAAAGACUUGGAGACUCUACUUGGAAUUAUUCCUGGGAGAGAUAAAUCUGGCAAGAUGGCGCAAAAUGACAGUUACUCA